AUGUCAGACACGAAUCCUAAAACCCUCCGUCCCCUCUCCCGGUUCAUCACCACCCACGAUGCCGAAGGAAAAGCCAUCUUCUCCAAUGCCAUAUCCGAGGAAAUGCCCGUGACUCCCAUCCCGGACAGCGCCCAUUUCUCCCUGGCGUAUACAACAGAGCACUUCCCCGCCCAGUUUAACAACGACGCCGAUAUCCCCGAAUACGAAAAAUACCUGACCAACCCGCCGGGGAUUGUUAUUUCGACCGGUAGCGUCUGUCGGAUUGUGGAUGUGCAGCCGCAUGCUACGAGUCCCAUGCACCGGACUGUGUCGCUGGAUUAUGGAGUGGUGCUGGAAGGGGAGGUUGAGCUGGUGUUGGACUCGGGCGAGACGAGAUUGAUGAAGAGGGGAGAUGUUUCUAUACAACGGGGUACCAACCAUGCGUGGAAGAAUGUGACGCCUGAUGUGGAUGGGAAGGGACAAUGGGCGAGACUGUUGUUUGUGUUGAUGCCUUCGGAGCCAAUCCAGAUUGGAAGUGGAAAGUUAGAAGAAGUUGUCGAUGGGAUUGGUGUGAGGAAGAGUACAUGA